AUGCCCCACUUCACCCCCCAGCAGCCCCAGCCCCAGCCCAGCAAUCCUCCCGUGCAGCAGCCUGCCCCGCCUCCCGCAGGGGGCAAGCCCCUUUUCCAACCCUCAGGCAUGAUACGGUCGCGCAAGCCCGUGACCGUGAGCGCGCCCAUGGAGUCCGUGCUCUCACCGCCCUCGUCGGCCAACUCGGCCGCGGCGUCGCCCUCGUCGCCCGUUCCGCCCUUGGCCGCGUCCGCGUCCGCGUCCAUGCCCCUGGUGCCAUCCCUGUCGUCCGACUACGAGGACUACUCCCUCGCCUCCGCCCCGCCUGCCUACUACCAGGCCUAUGGUCCUCCUGCGCAGAACUACGGCCAGCAGGCGCCGUCUCACGAGUACCAGGUGGCACCCGACAUCUACCGAGUCACAGCUCCACCGCCUUAUCAACCGCAGCAGCAGCAACCGCAACAACAACAGCCGACGCAGCAGCAGCAGCAGCCCACGCCCUACCACAACAUGCCCAUCCUUCCCCAGCACCGCCUUUAUCCAUCGUUCUCGGCUCCCGGCCUUCUCAACGAACACACGCAGCAGCAGCAGCAGCAGCACUUCCCGUCGUCGCCGCAGGUCCCGCCGCAGCAGCAGCAGCAGCAACAGCAGCAGCACUAUCACCCGGCUCCACAGCUGUCCCAGUCCCAGCCACAGAUCUCCCACCACUACCAGCCGGCACCGCAACUGCAGCCGCAGCCCCAGCAGCAGGCGGCCGCGGCCGACGAGACGAAGCCGGGGUCGGCUGCGGCCGCGGCCACGGGGAUGAAGGUCCUGCCGCCGCUGCCCGAUCGUCGACGGAACACUGUCAACCUCAGCCCCAGGCAGCAGCGGUUGAAGGAGCAGCAGCAGAAGCUUCAGCAGCCGCAGCGCGUGUCGUCCGACCCUUCGCCGCAGCAUCAGAUGAGCGAGCUCGAGGAGAAGCUGCGCGAUCGCGAGAACAAGGCCAAGCGGCGCGAGAGCGUCAACGUUGUGGUGGUGCCGCGACGCCAGCUCGCCGGCCUCUCGCUCAACGUCAGCGCUCCUCCGACGAGUACCGAUCAGCCCCUGCGAGCAGCAGCAGCAGCAGCAGCCGGACCCGAAGAAAAGAGGCGGGGCAGCGGCCCGCCCGCGCCGUACCAGGCGUCAUCAGUCGCGCCGACGACCACGACGGCGGCUGCAACAGUGGAGGACUUGUACGUCGCACCGCCUUCGUUCGUUCUGCAGCCCGAGAGCCGACGACCGCUCUCGACCGGCGGCGGUGCUUCGCAGAAGGAGCCGGAGACGCAGGAGGACUACAACUACUACGACCUCCGGAGCGUGCACGACUCGGACAGUGAAGAGGAGGACAGCGACGACGACGACGGUAAGGGCGAGGCCUCGGGCGGCGGUGGAGACGCCGAGGCCAACUACGUGGCCAACAUCGAGCUGAAGGUGGCCAGUGCGGACUCGCCGCUGCCGUCGGGCUACGCGCUGCCGGCCAGCGGCGAAUGGCCGGCCAAGGUCAAGGCCAAGCCGGAGGGCGACAAGGCCGUCGAGUCUCCCAAAGUCAAAGGGCCCAUGCGGCAGAGUGCGAAGAGGGGCAAUCGGUGGGAGAUCGAAUUCGAGGAGCUGGAGGUCGACAAGCGGAUCGGCCAGGGGGCCUACGGCUCCGCAAAUGACAUGUGCGGCAUCGUCGACUAUGUAGGGAAAUGGAGGAACACGGUGGUGGCGAUCAAGACGAUUCGCGAGAACAUGGCGUCCUUCCACGAGGCCAAGUUCAAGGAGUUCCGGGGCGAAGCUGAGAUGAUGAUGGACAUGCGGCCGCACACCAACGUUGUACAGUUGUUUGGGGUGUGCAUGCGUCCGUACAUGGCGAUCGUGGUCGAGUUUUUGGAAGGCGGCAGCCUGCAGGAGCUCCUGCAGAGCAAGGCCGAUAUCGAUCUUCACAUGGCCCUCAAGAUUGCCCUCCACGCCGCCGCUGGUGUGGCGCACUUGCACGCGGAGGGCAUCUGCCACCGCGAUCUGGCUGCCCGCAAUCUGUUGUUGACGUCGAGGAACAAGGACUACCUGGUGGUGAAGGUGGCCGACUUCGGUCUUUCUCGAUUCACGGAGGACGCCGAGGACAACUUCACCUCGUGCAAGGUCGGCCCUCUCAAGUGGAUGCCCCCCGAGAGCCUGCAGGAGCAAAAGUAUUCGUCAAAGAGCGACGCGUGGGCGAUGGGUGUCGUGCUGUGGGAGAUCUUCUCGCGCCAGGAACCGUUCCCGGGGGUGUCGCCGGUGCAGGUGGCCAUCGGGGUGAGCAGCCGGGGGAUGUGCCUCAGGCCGCCAUCGUCCUGUCCGCCCGAGAUAGCGCGGCUCAUGUACGACUGCUGGGCCUACGACCCCAAGGAGCGACCCGACUUCCGAACCAUCGCCCGCACCAUCGAGCAGGUGCUCGAUUCGAACCCGGAGAACUACAACAUCGUGCCCAACACGGGGGAGCCCAUCUCGUGCACGCACCCGAAGAGGGAAGGCCCGACCAAGCCCGCGCCACCGCCACGACGACCCACGACGACGGGCCAGUAG